GGCAGUGCCGUGCCCGCCGCGCUGCUCCUCCCGUUGCCAUGGCGGCCGCGCUGGGCGCUGGCCCCGCCCCGCCCGCCGCUCGCCACCGCCUCCCAAAGAUGGCGGACGGCGGGGCAGCGCCCGCGCAGCGGGACGGGGACGUGCCCGCGGCCGGGGCCGGGGCCGGGGCCAGGGUCGGGGCCGCCGGCGGCCGCAGGGAUCGGCAGCCCCGGAGCAGCGGCCGCCCGCCUAGCGCCCGGGAUUUGCAGCUGGCCUUGGCAGAGUUAUACGAAGAUGAAGCUAAAAGGCAGUCAUUGUGUUCUGACAAACCAACAGCUACAAAGAUCAGUAACACAAAAGUAUCACAGAGUCUUAAAUUGGAUUCUCUUAGAAGGCUGAGAAAACCAGAGAGAAGCAUGAGUGAUGACAAAGAAAACCAAAGAUUUUAUUCAGGUGACUCAGAAUAUAGAGGAUUACAGAUUUCUGGGGCUUCCAGUAAUCCGAGUAAAAUUGUUGCUGAACUCUUCAAGGAAGCAAAAGAACAUGGGGCUGUCCCGUUAGAUGAAGCCUCAAGAGCAUCUGGUGAUUUCGGUAAAGCUAAGUCAUUUUCUGGUGGUGGAUAUAGAUUGGGUGACUCAUCACAAAAGCACUCUGAAUACAUAUUUGGAGAAAAUCAAGAUGUUCAAAUUUUGCUGAAACUAUGGAGGAAUGGCUUCAGUUUAGAUGAUGGCGAGUUGAGAUCCUAUUCAGACCCAAUAAAUGCUCAGUUUCUUGAGUCUGUUAAAAGAGGGGAAAUUCCUAUGGAACUGCAGCGACUUGUUCAUGGUGGCCAGGUUAAUUUGGAUAUGGAAGAUCACCAAGAACAAGAAUAUGUGAAGCCCAGACUGCGCUUCAAAGCUUUCAGUGGUGAAGGACAAAAACUUGGAAGCCUUACACCUGAAAUAGUCAGCACGCCUUCUUCCCCAGAGGAGGAGGAGAAAUCCAUUCUUAAUGCACCUGUUCUGAUUGAUGAUUCCAUGCCAGCAACUAAAAUUCAAAUUAGAUUAGCAGAUGGAAGCCGAUUAAUACAAAGAUUUAAUCAAACACACAGGAUUAAGCACAUUCGAGAUUUCAUUAUCCAGUCCCGUCCAGCCUUUGCAACAACUGAUUUUGUUCUUGUGACUACCUUUCCAAAUAAAGAGCUAACAGAUGAAAGCCUGACACUACAAGAAGCAGAUAUACUUAACACUGUGAUUCUUCAGCAAUUAAAGUAAUCUUAUGGUUGUUGUACAAUAUAGAGACCCUGCUGUAUUGUCAUACAAUAUGUUUCCAACAGAUGAAAGAAAGGAAAUAUCAGUGUCUUUUUAUUUCCUCAUUUCCAGGGAUCAGAUUUUUGGAUUUCAUGUCUUCCAGCUGUAACAUAUCUACCUUUUUUAUUUUAAUUCUCAACAUUAUUCAGCUUUUUUUCAGUGUUAAAAUUAAACUUUCAUUUGUUAGUAUGUUUCAAACCACAUCUUGUACUAAAUGUGAAAUGAGAUAGGACUUCGAAUCAUUAUUUUGAGAGGGGUGGGGAAAGGAGCAUUUUGCUGAAUGGGACAGUAUCUUUCAUAGAAUUGGUAAGAUUUGCACUAUGGAAAUGUUCUAUGCUGCAUUGACAAACAGCCAUUUGAAAACUUAGACUGUAGGUUAUGUUUACCUUCCAAAUUGUAUUAAGGUGUUCUUUUUAAUAGGUUUACAGAUAAUUAAUGCCCUAAUGUAAUUUUUGUAUAUUCUAUUUGUAGUGUUUCAUGGUGCAGUAUAAUAUUUAUAUUCUAGUUUUUCUGUCCUUUUCCUUCCAUCGUUACUCGUAUGAGUGAAUCAGUCCAGGAGAUGCAAACCUGAACUAUUGCAGACUAUAGCAGGUUGUUCUUACUGGUAUUCUCAUUGUUCUACUUGUGAUGAAAACAAAUAAGAAUUUCUUUCUUCUUGAAGUUAGAGAAAUGUGAGAGACCACUGUGAUCUGGGGAAAUGAUGUGAUUUGGAGAAGGCUUGUGGUCACUUUGAAUCUGUGUAUUCGGUUGAAACCUGUGCAGCUACGUGAUUCUUUGCACAGUUACUUAAAUAACCCCAAACAAAAAUACACCAAGGUGCACAAACACAGAACUUAUCUGCUUUUGUGCGUGCCAGUGACAGCAUAAACAUGUUAAUUGGUCAUGUAUUUUUGACCUGAAUUUCAGGUCUUAAUAUUGGGAAUUUUGACCAAAGGCAUUUUGUAUUAUUCAAUGAGGAUUUGGUUGUACAGCUUUCAGUAUUCUUGUUUGGAAGCUGUAUAAUUAAAGCCCUUAAUCUUUCAAAUUAUAUAUUUUUUCAAAUAACUUGCCUCAAUACUGCAGUAAACAGGUAGGAGUUUUGUGUUGGGGGACAACUGUCUGCUGUGCUUUAGUAGUAUACAGUUUUAUAGUAUUUGGAGAUUUGUAUCAGACAAGUGGAUCACACUUAAAUGAAAGCUAAAUGGGCUGUUUCUCUUGUACUGAUAUAUGUUUUAAAAAUUGCUGUUUUCACUGAUUAUUUUGUUCUGAAAAUAUCAAUAUUUGUUUAUUUAUGCUAAGGUUAUAAUUUCUCAGUAUAUCACAUUUUUACCUCAAAGUAGAUAUUUGACUGAGUAAAUUUUAAACAUGCAAUUGUAUUUGAAGUAUUUUGUUUUGCAGUCUGAAUAUCUGCAUGAUUUUAAUCAUAAUUCAUUUCAUGUGCUAAGUAAAUAAAGUUUUAUGUUUAAGACCAC